AUGGCCUGCAAUCCAAAUGGAGGUUGUCUUGAAGAGACUUGGAGCAAGGUGGUCCAUCCAAGGACAUAUGACACUAGGUAUCAGAUGCUUAUGCUUCCCAACAAAAACAGAGAUAACAAGAUGGGGAUCCGAUUAAUUGGGAUAGUUCAUGCCAAACAAAGGCUCAAGAGUACAAUUUCAUCGAAAAACAGCAUGGUUUCUACCAGUACUGAUGUUCCAAAAGGCCACCUUGCAGUUUAUGUUGGCGAAUCUU